CUUUACUUACCUUUACUGCAGUUAGGCUUAUAAUCCAUAUCUGUUUAUUCGUAAUAAUGCAAACUGAAGGACUUGCGGAGAAAUUUGUUACUAAACAGCGUCUGUUUUGAAUAUUGUUCGUGUUUCUGGUAUUUCCGUCGGUUUAAUUCAGCCCUCAGGUUCGUCUGCCAUCUUCCAUCCUCAUGACUCAUGUCUUCGUCUAUGGCACCCUGAAGAAGGGGCAGCCCAACUACCACCGCAUGCUGGACGCCGCCAACGGGAAGGCGGAGUACCUCGGCUCGGCGCUCACCACCGAGAAGUUCCCGCUCGUGAUCGCCAGCAAGUACAACAUCCCCUUCCUCCUUAACAUCCCCGGCCAGGGCCACAGGGUCCACGGAGAGGUCUACAGAGUGGACGACCAGAUGCUGAAGUUCCUGGACGACUUUGAAAGCGUCCCCACCUGGUACCAGCGGAACGUGGUGCGGCUGGAGGUGAAGGAGUGGGUGGGGAAGCCGGACGGAGGGGAGGCGGCGCCGUCACCGGGAAGCGUCACCGAGGCAUUUGUGUACAACACGACAAUGUACCAGUCAGACUGGACCACGCUGCGAUGCUUCGAGAGCUACGACGCAAAUGGAGAUCACGGCCUCAAGUAUGCGUACAGAGAAACACGAGACUGAUGGAGCGGUUCUGUUCUGGGAUCUACCUCUGUACAAAGAGCCUCCAUUUAUCAAGAAAACUCACCUCCGGGCCAUGCAGAGAUCCUCCGGAAGUCCUCAAGUACAGAUCAGGGUACAGAAUCCAGCUUGGAAGCAUUACAAUCAAACUAAAGAGCUUUUAUUUUAGUGUAAAUCCUACAAUAUCAGCUGUAUCUACAGAAAUAUUAACUAAGAAUACUUUAGUUUAUACUUGCAUCAGAGCCAAUUGUCUGUGUAACUAUGCAACAUAUGUACUGAUUAUAAUCAUAUGAAUCUUGGGUGCUUGUUAUAGUGUUGAUAUGAAGCAGAGGACUUUUAUUUUGAACAACUGUUAAAAUGCCACUUUUUGAUGCAAUAAUAUCUCCAUUAUGUCUUUUUUCUUCA